AUGGCCACUUGAUAUAUAAAUAUACAAUUUUUAUGUAGAACUUGGCCAGUUGGAUUGAAAUUCAGAUAGUAGCACGCAAGCCUAGGAACCACUUGGUCACUUGAUAUAUAAAUCAUUUUAAAUUGUAGUAAUCCGUAUAUUUUAGAUUCUAUAUAUAUCAUCGCAAUAACAUGUUCUAAUUUGAAUUUUAUUAGCUUAGAUUUAAUUAUAUAUCAAACGUGAAUAGAUUUAAAAUUUCACUUAUAUACAAAGUACUCCAUAAAAUUUAAGAAAACGGUAGAAUAACCCCGGCACAAGGUUGACACAAAAUUGAAAUGAUACAGAGAAGACAUUUUCAAGAUUGAAAUUAAUAUGGCCCCUUUGCAAGGAUGACACAAAUUUAAGAAAACAUUUUCAAGAAAUCUUUCUAGAUUUUUUUUAAUAUAAAUUGUAGUAAAUGUAUUAUUCUUACCUUUGUAUAUACUACCACCAAAACAACUUAAGCUCUCAAAAAUCUUAGAAUUUUCUUUUUCUCUUGUAAGACCGUCUUACAGAAAUGCUUACAAUCAAAUUGUGGUCAUCUCUUUUUUAGAAGUACUAACUAUAUUUUUUGUUUUGACAACCAACUACAUUAUUUAAUGCUAACUAUAUUAGUACGGAGUAUGUAAUUAAUUUAACUAACUUUUAAUUAAAAAAUAGUUAUGAGCCCACGUUAAAGUAAAAUACAAACAGGUAUGCUUAAUUGCUUAUAAGUCGAAUGGUUAUAAUCCGUACUAUUAUAUUAUAGGAAAUACAUAAUUUAUAUUAUUAUUUAAUCUAUUUUCCAUAACUGAUUUCUGUUAUUAGUUGGUUAGGGUCUUUGUAUAUAUUCCCUAGUCUACUUGCUUCUCAAGUAAUGAAUUCCGUUUUCAUUCAUUUACUACAUUCUGAAUAUAAUUCUCUUCUUCUCUCUCUGAUAUUCUGCUCAAAUUCUCUGAUAUUCUGCUCGAACUCUUCAUGGUAUCAGAGCCAUAAUCUCUGAUAAAGAGAUUGAGGUUUCUCAAUUUGAGAUUUACUCUUCGAUCUUCUCAGAAUUAAUAGUGUUUGAUCACUGAAGUUCUUGCUGGAAUUUUUGCUGCGAAAUUUCUUGCGAUUGAUUGCGAAAUUUCUUGCACAAAACUGAAGAAAUUGAUUCUUACUAAAACUAUCUUCUGCAAUGGCGAUUGGAAACACUGAAAGUGAAGGUUCUCAAUCAAAUUCUGAAGGUAACAACAAUAAUUUUGAUCCUUAUUUCAUAGCAAACUCAGACAAUCCUACUUCCAGUUUAGUUGCUGUUCCUUUUAAUGGUGCGAAUUUUGUUCGAUGGAGUAGGAAUGUUAAAAGAGCUCUAAUAGCUAAGAAUAAGGAAGGUUUCAUUAAUGGUGAAUUGCUUAAACCUACUGUUAAUCAUAAGGAUUACUUGAAGUGGAAACGAGCUGAUUUUAUGGUAGUAAGCUGGAUUUUAAGCUCUAUGAAUCAUGAUUUAGCUGAUGAUUUUGGCUAUAUUGAUAAUGCUGCUGACCUAUGGCUUGAAUUGGCUGAAAGAUUUGGACAGUCUAAUGGUCCAUUGAUUUAUCAAUUGAAGAAGGAAAUAGAGAAUUUGACUCAAGAAAAUAUGACUAUAGUGUCAUAUUACAGUAAACUGAAGAAGUUAUGGGAUGAGAUGCAGACUCUAAGAGCCUUUCCUACUUGUACUUGUGGUGUUAUGUUGACAUGUAGUUGUCAAUUUUUAAAGAAAGUGGCUGAGUUUGAAGAAGAGGACAAAAUGAUGAAGUUCUUGCUUGGUUUGAAUGGAGGUUUUGACAGUACCAUCACUAAUGUGUUAGCUAUGGAUCCUAUGCCUAAUUUGAAUAGAGUGUUUUCAAUCACUCAGCAGAUUGAAAAACAGAAGGAAGUGAGUAAUGCUGUUGUUGAGCAUAACAUUCUAAAUAGCAGUGCCAUGGCUGCACAAUUUUACAAAGGCAAUCAGGUCCAGAAGAAUGAUGGAAAUCAUGGAAAGAAAGAUUGGAAAGAGCUUAAGAAAGAGAAGUUGAAUAGGUUUUGUACUCAUUGCAAAGGGAAAGGUCAUACUGCAGAACAAUGUUUCAAGAUAAUUGGUUAUCCUGAUUGGUACAAUUCUAUCAAGGCUUCUAAAGGAAGUAACUCAAGCAACACUAGAUUUGCUGCCAAUGUAAAUUCUGCAACUGAUGCUGGUGAUGAUCCUCUUGAUAAUACAGCUGCAGACAAUGGUUUGGUUAACAGUACAAUGCUUAAUGCAAUUUGUCAAGAAGUCAUGAAGGUGAUGAAAGGACAACAAUCUCAGAAUACAAAUACUUCUGCAGCAAGUUGUUCUUAUGCUAACUAUGCAGGUACUAUUUCUCAUUCUUUUAACUGCACUACAACUGAAUUAAGUCAUGAUCAUUUAUGGAUUGUUGAUUCUGGUGCUUGUGAUCAUAUGACCUUUGAUGAAAAUAUAUUGACCAACAUAAGAGUUCUUAUUCAGCCUAUCAAAGUUGGUUUGCCUGAUGGAACUCAGAUGACAGUUGAGAAAAUUGGGGAUACUGUCCUCAGUGAUGAUUUGGUCUUACAUAAUGUGCUACUAGUGAAAGGUUUUAGGCAUAAUUUGCUGUCUGUUGGGAGAUUGAUUGAACAUACUGGAAUCCUAGUAACAUUUACCAAAACUGGAUACAUUUUCCAGGACCCCUCUAAUUCCAAGAAACUUGGUGCUGGAAAAAGGACAAAUGGACUCUACUAUUUUGUCACAACUCCAGUUGAUAUCUGUCAAGACAUUGAUGAGUGCAAGGAGUCAAAUGAAUGUGAGAAACCAGAGUAUUGUAUAAACCAAAUUGGAAGUUACCAUUGCAAAUGUCCGAAGGGCUACCACGGUAACGGGACAAGGACCCAACCUUGCAGCUCCGAUAGGAAGUCUUGGCUCAUUCCAGUUGCGGCCACUGCAGGCGUUGCUGGUGCUAUGAUAAUUUUGCUAGUGAUCGGGUUUUACCUCUAUUGGAAACACGGAAAAAUACAACACAAGCGAAUGCGGGAAAGUUUCUUUAGGCAAAAUGGAGGUUUACUUUUACAUGAAAAACUUUCUGGACGGAAGAUAGAUGGGUUAAAAGUUUUUACAGCACAAGAUCUAGAAAUCGCAACGAACAAUUAUAACGACAAAUAUAUAAUCGGAAGAGGAGGUUUUGGCAUAGUUUACAAAGGAAUAUUGGGCAAUAACCAACACAUUGCAAUCAAAAGAUCUCUAAAGGUAGAUCCACGCCAAGUUGAGCAAUUCAUCAAUGAAGUUCUGGUUUUAUCACAAAUUAACAACAGAAACGUGGUCAAAUUACUAGGAUGUUGUCUUGAGACGGAAGUACCAUUGCUAGUGUACGAGUUCAUUACCAACGGGACGUUAUAUGAUCACUUAGUUGAUGCAGUUAAAGCUUCGAUUUUAACAUGGAAUACGCGUCUAAAUAUAGCAUUGGAAGUUGCUAACGUCCUAUCUUAUUUGCAUACCACAAUCUCAACUCCGAUUAUUCAUAGAGAUAUGAAGUCGAUGAACAUACUCUUAGAUGAUAACUACACUGCUAAGGUAGCUGAUUUUGGAGCCUCCAGGUUGGUUCCAGAGGACCAAGGUCAAGUCGUAGCUACAAUGGUACAAGGGACAUGGGGGUAUUUGGAUCCGGAGUAUAUGCAGACGAGAAAACUAACUGAAAAGAGCGAUGUUUAUAGUUUUGGUGUAGUCCUAGUGGAGCUAAUAACUCGAAAAAAGGCAAUUUGUUAUGAUAGGCCUGAUGAUGAGACAAGUCUAGCUAUGCACCUUCUUAUUAAAAUGAGAGAAGGUGACGAUAGGCCAAGCAUGAAGGAAGUUGCUAUAGAACUGGAGACAAUAAAACGAAUCGGGUCAAGCCCAUGGAUUAGUAAGGAUGGAUCAUUUCAAGAAGAUAUGAGUGUAAGUGAAUCGUUGCUCGAAGGAUAUCCAAGAUCAGGUACUAGUGGUUGUAGCAGUAGUAUUGACAUAGACUUGUAUAAUCCACGUUUAGAUUCAAUUCUAGCCGAUGGGAGGUAACUAGUAUUAUGUUGUAUAUGUAUUGCGUAUCUUAUCGAUGAGGUCCUAAUAUUGUGGUUAAAAUUUAAAGUUGACUGUUUGUAUAUGAUUAUAGGUUCAAAAUCCCCUAUGUAUUUGUAAUUUAUAUUAUUCUUGUUGCUCAUUAGGCGCCAAAAAGUAUUGUAUACCUUGAGGACUAAUUUUGUAAUAGACCAACACAAAUGGCAUGAUUAUGGGUGAUGUGAAUAUAUAUACAUUUCGAAUGUAAAUUUUUCUAUAUAGAGGUAUAUUGUGCGUC